AUGCAUUUACGUAUACCACCUGCACGAAAAGUACUUGUGAAAAAUUAUUAUGUUGUGAGAUUGUAUUAUGUCGACAAACACUGGCAAAAAAAAACCAGUACUACAUUAAAACCCAACGGAACCUUCCCCGUCUUGAUGGAAAGCUACAAAAUUGCCUCAUUAAAAUGCACUCAAUCACUACACCCCGACGACUGUCUACCAAGAUCAAGCUUAGUGUGCUCUUUGAUGCAGUACAUAAAAUCCUUCCACGACCGCGGACACCCCGAGGUGUCAACAUCAGGU